UAAGUAUUGACCAGAACAUUGAACAAUUAGCUAAGAAACAAGAAAAAAAUGGAGACGAUCAAGACCCUUCUGCUCAUCGGAGCCAUCUCCUUGCUUAUCUUGCAGGUUGUAGCAGUGAAGCCAGUAACACAGAGUGAAGUUGACCCAAAGAUCCUUCAGGAUGAAAUCGUUAAAACUGUUAAUGAAAAUCCGGAAGCAGGAUGGAAAGCUGACAUGAACCCUCGAUUCUCAGACUUCACUGUUAGCCAAUUUAAGCGUCUCCUUGGAGCUAAAAAGGCACCCAAGUCUCUAUUGAAGAGAACUCCCGUAGCUACACAUGACAAACAAAUAGAAUUACCCAAAACUUUUGAUGCACGGACUGCUUGGCCUCAGUGUGUCUCCAUUGCAGAUAUUCUUGAUCAGGGACACUGCGGUUCUUGCUGGGCGUUUGGUGCAGUUGAGUCAUUAACUGACCGGUUUUGCAUUCAUUAUGGGACAAACGUGACUCUAUCUGUCAAUGACCUCUUAGCGUGCUGUGGCUUUAUGUGCGGUGAAGGUUGUGAUGGCGGUUAUCCUAUAGCAGCUUGGCAAUACUUUACGCGUACUGGUGUUGUUACUUCAGAGUGCGACCCUUACUUUGACCAAACCGGAUGUGCCCAUCCCGGUUGUGAGCCAUCAUAUCCCACUCCUGCAUGCGAGAAGAAAUGUGUAAAGGAGAAUCUGCUUUGGUCGGAAUCCAAACAUUUUAGCGUUAAUGCAUACCGAGUGAGCUCUGAUCAACACAGCAUCAUGGCAGAAGUUUAUAAAAAUGGCCCCGUUGAGGUCUCCUUUACUGUCUACGAGGAUUUUGCACAUUACAAAUCGGGAGUCUACAAGCAUGUCACAGGCGGUGUAAUGGGAGGACACGCUGUUAAGCUCAUAGGAUGGGGAACUUCUGAGGAUGGAGAAGACUAUUGGCUCCUCGCUAAUCAGUGGAACAGAAGCUGGGGCGAUGAUGGGUACUUCCAGAUCGUCCGAGGAACAAAUGAGUGCGGGAUUGAAGAAGAUGUAACUGCAGGAAUGCCAUCAACAAGGAACUUGGAUAUUAAAUCUGGUGUAAGGGAUGAUGAUUCUCUUGUUGCCUCAGUUUGAAUGCUGUUAUCCCUCCAUAUUUCAUAGCUGCAGUGUAAAAUAUUUCUCCAGGGUAAUAAACAUAUAGACAUGGCUCUGUUUCUAGUCAUCUUGUGUAAGUUAAAGAACUUUGUAACCUUUCAAGUUUAUUGAAGCCCAAGGUUUAGUGUUAUGAAUCUUGUUUGUAAUUUGUAUCAUGCAUGAUCUUCUGUCU